AUGAAUUCACAAGACAAAGAUGCCCAACAAGACGAUAUAUAUGUUUGGCCCGCCUUUCGUGCGUUGGUCGAACGCCCCGAAUACAACUCGGAAGAUAUCCUAUCCCUUGAUCUCCUUUGUGCAGCAUCAGACGGCUUCGCAGAGAUUGCUCGUCGGCUUCUCGAAACUGGAGCCAAAACUGCUUUCACGGAUGAAGACGGAAACCGGGCACUGCAUUUGUCCGCAAAGAACCAACACAUAGGCAUCAUGAAACUAUUGUUGGAAGAAAGAUAUAAGCAGUCCGGUAAUUUCGAUAUUGACGCGAGGAAUAACUCGGGAGAAACCUCCUUGCACCUCGCAACCGAGGCUGGUCACAGUCUUUCCGUUCAGCUGCUGCUUGAGCAUGAUGCCGACGUGGACGCCAUUACCUCCAAUGGAGAGAGAGCCUUUCAUAUUGCUGCAUCGUUGGGCAAUGUGGAAGUCAUGAGAACGCUCCUUGCGGCGCGGGCAAAGGAUUACCGCCUUUGUCACGUAAACAGAGAUGGCCAUAAUGUCCUAACCCUGGCCGUGCAGAAAGGCCACACUGACAUUAUCAAGAUGCUUCUUGAGACAGGCAUCUACCCAAAGAAAAUUCAGAGCACCCAAGAAAACAUGUUGGUUAUGGCGGCAAAACAUUUGCAAAAUGGCAAAGACAUGACUCUUUUGUUUCUGGCCGGCGGCUGGAACGUCAAUGUGAGAGUCGACGCUCAUAUUGCAUGUACGGCGCUGCAUGCAGCCGCGUUGGCGGGCAAUGCGCCCGUCGUGGAACUUCUACUUGACGUUGGAGCAGAACAUUGUGUUCGAAAUACCCAGGGAAAGCAGCCGUUGCAUCUUGCGGUCGAAAGGGGGGAUGUGGACGUCGUCAAGAUGCUCUUGUCCAAAGGCGCAGAUAUAGAUGCAAGGGAUAACCAAAAUGUAUCGCCUCUCUUGCUCAUGGUCAAUCGCAAGGACACAAAGAUGCUGGAAAUGGUGUUGGAAAGCCACCCAGGCGUGGACAUUGGGAGCAAGCAGCUUCCGACAGAGAAGACGGUUCUACAGGAAUGUUGUUUCAACCCCGAAGCUACGAAGCUACUCCUCGAGCGAAGCGCAAAUGCCAUGACUCGCAGCAAUAGUAAUGUUGUACAUGCCGUCUUCCGGGCGGCAACGGGAGAUGGCGCCGAAACCAUCCGACUCUAUCUAGACGCCGGUUUCCAACCGGACUGCACGGGUGAUGAUGGCGGCAGCAUCCUCAAUGUUGCCGCAUUCUAUGGGCGGCUUGCUACAGUUCAACUCCUUGUCGAACGCGGUGCGGAUGUCAACGCCGCGGACAAGAAGGGCACGGCACCCAUUCAUCGCGCUGCCAUGAGAGAUACCCCGGAGAUAGUCGAAUACCUUCUGCAUCAAGGGGCAGAUCUCGAGGAGAUGUCUGAUGAGUACGGAACUCCCCUCAUGGCGGCGGUAUGGGAAGACAAGACGGAGACUGUCAAGUUCCUUCUGGGACGAGAGGCCAAUGUGAAUGCCACAAGUCCCGAGUCGUGCCCUUACUAUACGGCACUCCAAGCGGCGGUGAAACGGAGUUCGCCGACCUUGGUUGGGAUUCUGUUGGAGUAUGGUGCCGACGUCAACCUCGCCCGCGGACUAUCCAGCACCGCGCUGUGCGCCGCGAUCCGUGAGGGCAGCAUUGACAUUAUUAAACUCCUCGUCGAAGCCAAGGCGGAUGUCGGGUCUCAGCGCGGGAUGCCGGAGCGACUGGCGAUUCAAAAGAACCGUAGAGACAUUUUAGUACUCGUUGAACACGGUGCCGUCCCCGGCCGUCCUGGACGACGUCUUCUCGGAUAUCCCUGGAUGUGGAGCCGGCUCAGUCUAAAGCGGUUGCUUCACAAGUAUCCGGAUAUGAAUCAUAAUGCCCGAGACUCGGCUGGCCGGACGCUGCUGAUGGUCGCCGUCAGGCAUGGCAUGUGCCCGGACAUUCUACCAGAGCAUCCCACUCUCGUCAACCUACAGGACCAUCGGGGCCAGACGGCCCUCAUAUACGCUAUUCGUCGUGGCCACCAUAAAACUGUUCAGAGACUGCUGGAGGCCGGUGGUGAUCCUCUUUCCGGAGACGUGCGCGGUCGUGAUGCGUUAUACUGGGCAGCUCUCCGAGGCGAUGCCGACAUGUUUGGCACUGUUUUCCGUCAAGUAGACAAGUUGGCACAAACUGAAUCACCCUUUGUCCUUGCCAUCAAUGCCGCCGCCGCCGCUGGGCAGGCAGAUUUUGUCAAGGAGCUGCUGGCCAAGAUCAUGACCGACUUUGCUUCCACGUUGGCGCUGGCGGACAGCAAUGGAUGGACCGCGCUGUACACCGCUGAACAAUAUGACAAUCCUGAAAUCGCCGACAUGAUUCGCCAUGCAACGCUGGGUGUGCCCGGGGGAAGUCAAGGCGUACCGCCUCUCUUACAGGCUCCAACAGAAUGGCACCCCCAGGACAAGUCUUUCUCACUCCUGCGUCAGCCCGAUGCCAGAUCGAUCUCGGUGAGCAGCAUCGCACGAGCGAACCACCCCAUGGUGCCGACGAGGGACGACGUAUACUAUUUCGAGGUGACUAUUGUCAACGAAGGCUGCAAUUCCAGCCCCUGUAAGCGCUUUGCCGUGGGAUUCUGUCGUGAAGACACCCCGUUGGGCUCCGGCGCAGACUGGCGGGGAGCUUGGUGGUAUCAUGGCGGCAACGGCCAUUUUGGCAACCAAGAGGACUACGUGAAUCCCAACUGCGCUCCGAAGUACGGCGAGGGCGAUGUUAUCGGAUGCGGAGUAAACUUCAAGCACAGAACGGCCUUUUACACCAAAAACGGCGAAAUCAUUGAGUACAUGACAUCAGGCCUAGCAUUCCAAAAUGUACAAGGCCGACUGUACCCAGCUGUGAUGGUCCACGCAGAUAUGGCUGGCUUUGAAUUCAAGGCCCAGUUCUCGGAGGAAGGCGGCGACGAAACUGCUGGGUUCAGGUUCAAGGGGUCUUACACGGACGAGAAAACUUUCUUUAAAUGUCAGCAAGACCCGGACUUCAAGGACAGUGAUGGGCUUAGAGAUGAAUGUGGUAUAUCGGCAGCCAUUUGA